AUGGGAAAGGCAAACAAUCUACCCGGCGCUGCGCCCGCGCCCAAGAGCUUGCUUGCCUACCAUCGCCAGCUAGCUCCUUCAGCUGCUGUCAAAGUGAGUCCUCUCUGCCUAGGAGGCAUGGGAUUUGGAACAGCUUGGGAAGGCAGCAUGGGCAGUUGUGACAAGAAGACGUCCUUUGAAUUGAUGGACUAUUUCUACAGCCAGGGAGGAACCUUUAUCGAUACUGCGGGCAAUUACCAGAACGGAGAAUCCGAAGAGAUCAUUGGCGAGUGGAUGGCAACCCGAGGCAAUCGAGAAGAGAUGAUCUCAAAUUUCGGUGGAAAUAACAAAAAGUCUUUGGCGGUAUCCAUCGAGACUAGUCUCAAGAGACUGCAGACAUCGUAUAUUGAUCUGUACUAUGUCCAUACAUGGGACUUUACCACAAGCAUCCCAGAGCUGAUGCACUCCCUGCACAACCUCGUUGUUGCCGGCAAAGUUCUCUAUCUCGGCAUCUCCAACACCCCUGCGUGGGUCGUCGCCAAAGCCAACGAGUACGCCCGCCAGAAGGGAUUAACUCAAUUCUCCGUCUACCAGGGCCAUUGGAGUGCGGCCGAGCGAGAUAUCGAGCGUGAUGUUGUCCCCAUGUGUGUUGAUGAAGGCAUUGCCCUCGCUCCCUAUGGCGUCUUGGGUAUGGGCUACUUCCGCACUUCAGCCCAGCGUGCGGCUGAGAAGGAAGAGGAGAGAGAUGGACGCAAGGUCCCUUUCGUCGACAAGCCUCAGAAGACUGCCAUGGCUGAUGCGCUAGAGAAGAUUGCUGUGGCUCGUGGUACAACUAUCACCAGCAUCGCUUUAGCCUGGGCUCGAUUAAAGGCACCAUACGUCUUCCCCAUUGUGGGAGGUCGUAAGGUUGAACACCUCAAGUCCAACAUUGAGGCGCUGGCAAUUGAUCUUACGGAUGAAGAGAAGGAAGCAAUUGAAAGUGCUGUGCCCUUCCAUCCCGGAUACCCUCAGGAAAUAUUGGGUGGUCCCAAGGGUGCUAUGUAUCCGUCAGACUUAUGGACCACGAAGAGAUUGGGUAACUUUGACUGGGUAUCGCCGCCACAGGCACCAAAGCCUCAUCCUCUUUAA